GGAAAGAGACGGCGUGUGACGUCACUUCCUGGCCUUUUCUUUUGCAAGUUUGGCGGGCGCACGUGUUGCCCCCGAAUAAUUUUUGCAGUCGUCGUAGCUGCCCCUUGCCUGGUCGGGUUGCUAUGAGUUUGCCUCUCAAUCCAAAGCCAUUUCUAAAUGGGCUAACUGGGAAGCCAGUAAUGGUAAAAUUGAAGUGGGGAAUGGAAUACAAGGGCUAUCUUGUAUCAGUUGAUGGCUACAUGAAUAUGCAGCUUGCCAAUACAGAGGAAUAUAUUGAUGGUGCAUUGUCGGGACAUCUUGGUGAAGUUCUGAUAAGGUGCAACAAUGUCCUGUACAUAAGGGGUGUAGAAGAAGAAGAAGAAGAUGGAGAAAUGAGAGAAUAAUGUUGGAAAAUCUUGUGUUUUUUAAUGUGUAAAAUACAUGUUCAGUUGUAGCUUUUGAAAAAAUUACAUGUUUUGUAACUUUACUUUUUGGGGGCAUAAAAAUACAUAUUGUUGAAAGAAACAGUCAAUAUGAAAGAUAAACAAGUAUAAAAACUGGGAUUAUUUAGCCUUAAUACAAAUGUUUUAAAGCAAAUGGGAUCAGACUUAUUCCAUCACCAUUUACUUUAUAUGAUUCAGUUGGACUAAGCUAGGAGGAAGAUCUAUAACUAGUACAAAAAUACACCUUACGCAAAAAUAUCAAGUGAAGUAGUAAUCAUCUUCACUUUUUGUAGUUGCAUCUGUAGCUUGUUCUGCUUCAUGCUUAGUUGUUGGAGGCUGUGACCGGUACACUAGUUUUCUUCCCAUCUAAAACAAAGCCAAAAAAAUAUAAAACCUUCAUAUGCAUUGGAUUUUUAAAAGCAGUCUUAGUUUUCCUGUUAACGUUUCCAUACAUAGUCUUUCAGUUAUAUUUUAUACAAAUGUAGAAACAGUUAAAAUGGAUUCCUGUAGAUGGAUCUACUUAGAACAAAACUGUCAGACAAAACACACUCAUUUCAAAGUUGCUUAGUUCUGCAAAAAAAAAAAAAAGGGGGGGGGCAGCCUUUUUAGCCUGGGAACUAAGUAAUAUCACAUCACUGGACACCUUCCACCACUCUAUUUGAAUUCUGAAAACAUUACUGAAAACAUUAGUUUAGGAUAGUCAUGACUAACUUGGCCCCAUUAAUAUGGAUAUGUAUCUUAAGGCUAGAUGUUAAAUACCCUACUUUGAUUGAAAUUAUGUUGUGCUGAUAUUGGUCCAGAAGCUAGGUAUCUGCACAUUUUUGUUAUGGACUUUAUAAUGAAGAAACUGGAUAAAAAAGUUAUUUAGACAGUC